AUCAAGAAACUGAUCACCAGUUUCCUCAUCCGCCGCCGCAACAGCAGAUUAAUCACGGCAAUCUCCACCAGCACCAGCCACCUGUAUACAACAUCAACAAAAACGACUUCAGAGACGUGGUCCAAAAACUCACCGGCUCACCGCCCUCCUCCCUUGAUAAACACCGCCGCGCUCGUCCCUCAUCCUAGCUGGAGCGGCGGAUUCGUCGCCCCUAGACCGACGGCGCCGCUCUCUCCUCUCCCGCCGCUUCCUCCGGUCCACGCGGCGGCGGAAUCGCCGGUGUCGUCGUACAUGCGGUACCUUCAGAACUCGAUGUUCGCGAUGGAGUCGAAUCGGAGGGAGUUCUCUGGCUUAUCGCCGUUAGCUCCUUUGGUGUCGCCUCGUUGGUACCAGCAGCAGCAGCAGGAAAACGCUCCGCCGCCGGUAAACAGCGGUCGUCCUCCUUCGGGAACAGUCUCGCAAGCUCCGCCGCAAUCGUUGGGGUGUUUAAGUUCGCCUAAAUCGCCGUACGGAUUGCUCUCGCCGAGCUUGCUUUUAUCGCCGACGUCAGGUCAGUUAGGGUUUCCGGCGUCGCCGACGACGGUGCCGCUUCCGAGCCCUAAAUAGAAGAAGAGUCGCUGAACAGAAGAUUACGAAACGGCGUCGUUUGAGCUCGCGACGAGAAGAUUCACUUUGUUCUUUUUGUACAUCAUUAGUGGUGGAUGAAUUGUUUUCCUUUUUUUUUUUUUACUAAUUACUUUUAAAUCAUGUUUUUUUUUACUUUCUUUUAUUCCCAUGUUUGUUCAUGUUAGAAGAAACAAAGAUUAGGAAAAAGAAAGGAAUACACUUUUGCAAAUCAUAUUUCUUCUUUAGAUCAAAUUGCACUGCAUACACUUCUUGUUUUCUGAUUCUCUAUACAGAUCGAAUAUUUAAUGUGUUCA